UCAAAAAAAAAAUUAAAUCGCGGAUUUCGAUCGUGUAAAAUACAAUUUAAUUUUAAAUUGCGUCCGUAAAUAACACAUAUCUAUUAUUUACUUGGGAUAACUUAUCGAGAAAAGAAACGUGGCAUAAUGUUAAAAGCAAUAUUUCAUCUGGUUGGAGCUCUUCAUUUCUUCUACGGAUGCUACUAUGACUAUACCUACGUCCGAAUACCAAGUACUUCAAGCACCGUUACUUCUUUCGGUGGAAAAUUUAAAUACUUAACAUUCUUGGAUGCUAUGCUACAAACAAUAUACUUCACGGUCGCUUUUGCUAAUGACCUGAUUGGAAAUAAUGAACCAUCACCCUCUGAUAAACCUUUGAUUCGGCGUUGUAAAGACACCAUUUUUAGCUGUCUAGCCUUCCCUCUGGCUUCAUUUGUGGGGGUGUUAUUUUGGGGUAUUUACGCUGUUGACCGAGAACUAAUAUUACCUAGAAGUUUAGACCCUUACUUCCCAUUAUGGUUGAACCAUGUAAUGCACUCUAACAUUGUACUAUUUGCAUUUAUUGAGCUAGUAACAUCUUUCAGAAUGUACCCCUCUAGAAAAGUAGGCUUAUCAAUACUGACCUCUUUCAUGAUUUGUUAUUUGAUUUGGAUCCAUGUUAUCUAUUUCAAAACAGGCAGCUGGGUAUAUCCAAUUUUAACAGUCUUGAAUUGGCCUGUAAGAGUAAUAUUCUAUAUUAUCAGCCUGGGUAUUGUGUGUGGUAUGUAUUGUAUCGGCGAUACUUGUAACAGAGCAGUAUGGUCUAAUGAGGUAGAGGAAACUGUAAAAUCUGGUAAGAAAAAAGCAAAAUAAUUGCUAAGAAGAGAAAAGAGUUUGGAUAGUAAUAAAGCAUAAUGCUGCUUUAGUUUUGUGGUUUGGUAAUUGUUAAAAUGAUUUGGUCUUGGGGUUGGUUACUAGGUAUUGAGAGCACAAUAUGUUUGUUGUAGGAGAAUCCUAAGCAUCCUAACAAAAAAGGCUAACAACAAUCCUUCUACUUUAGAUAAGUUUUAGGCAAACAAUGGCCUAUUCAAAUUUGCUAUGCUAUAGCAAUCACACUUAUUUCUAAAUACUAGUGUAUUUAAGAAAUAAAGUAACUUAUAAUAGCUGUUAGUAUAAAUUUUAAAUGUUGACAAUGAAGUGCAUGUUAUGUGGGACAUGACCUUUGUUUUGUUUGUGUAAAUCCACAAAACAAAAAGUAUACAUAGUCUGAUAUGCUGAUGCUACUGUACUUUGGAUGGACUAAAAACAUGAUGAAUCCUUGAGAAAUUCAUGCAUGUUAAGUGAGUAAUUAUUAGGAAAAUAUUCAUAUCUACAAACAGAUACAUUGAAAGCUAAAACUUCGGUGAUUUGAAAGGCAGUAGGUACUAUAAAUUAAAUGAGUAAGGUUGUGAUUGAAAUCUUCAUAGCAAUAAAUACCUUGCCUUUAACUUUAACAGUUUGUACUUAUUGAAGGUUUUACAUUUCGUAAACAUUCCAGUGAUGAAUAAUGAUAUUAAAGAAUGCAUAAGCUAACAUGCAAUGUUUCAUCUAGUGAAGAGUAGUUAAACAAUUUGUAUACCUAUUUAAUUUAAUAAUAUUUAUGGACUUUUAAGGCUAAGUAAAAUAUCUGAGUAGAAAGAAACAUGAAAGGACAUAGAUUUAGAUUAGCUAGACACAAUUUUAAUCUAGCAUUACUUCUAGUAACCGCUAGAAAAAAGUUAACUAUUGUCAGCUUUUUUAUAAUUAUUAAUUACAGUUGCCUGAAUAUAAAAUGUAAUGUUUAAUUUAUUUAUUUAUUAGAAUAAUUUUCUCCCCUGGGAACACGUGAAACGACGACUUGGUUUUGAUGAAGUUACUAAAUAAAAAUAUUUAAUAAAUGUUGAAAUAAAUUACCAUAAAUUAACAUGCGUUUAAUCCUAUCUUUGGACACCUUGUUGUAACUAUGAAUUCCUAUUUCGUACUAUUUCCGUAAUAGGGACCAAAUGAUAACUACCAAAUCCAAACAGAUUUUAAACUGAGCUGUCGUAGCACGUAUUCGAAGGGACUUAAAUUAUUAAAAAAAUGUAAGGAGGCUACCCUUAAAUUCGUUUAGCCAACAGGCAAAUGAAUUUAAUUUUGUGUGAAGAGGCUUGCCAAGAAUGCAAUAAUUUUUGUAAUAAAAAUACAAAUUAGCA